AUGGAAGAGCAGGUAGCAAACGCCAUAGAAAUCGCCGGGAACCCUACCUCCGACCCUACGCUCAAAGCCCAAGCCUUCGACUACCUCAACCAGCUCCGCUCCGAUCCCUCAGGCUGGCAAGUCUGCCUCGCCCUCUUCACCAAGGACCCGCCCCGGUCUCAUAUCGUCCGCCAUGUCUCGUUAGAGGUUGUCAACAGCGCCGCCCAGGUUGGUCUAAUUGACCUGCAGUCGCUGGGCUUCGUUCGGGACGGCCUGCUGGGAUACCUGCGGCAAGUGUAUGGCCGUGAGAAUACAACGCCCGACCCGCCCAAUAUCCAGAAUAAAAUCGCCCAGACCAUCACUUUCCUCUUCUCCGCGCUGUACGGGAAUGGUUGGGAGUCGUUCUUUGACGAUUUCCUUGCUCUCACGCACAAGUCAGCGUCCAGCACGACGAGGGACAACCCGCUGGGGAUUGUUUUCUACCUUCGUGUGAUCAACUCUAUCCAUGAUGAGAUUGGUGAUGUUCUGGUGUCGCGGUCCCGCACGGAGCAGGACCGGGCGAAUGCGCUGAAGGAUCUCAUCCGAGUCAGGGAUAUGCAGAAGAUCGCCAACUCGUGGCAGGAAAUCCUUUCGCAGUGGAUGGACGGGGAUGACCUUAUCGUGGAGAUGUCUCUCAAGGCGGUCGGAAGCUGGGUGAGCUGGAUUGAUAUCGGUUUGGUGGUGAACCAGACGAUGCUUGACUUGCUCUUCCAGCAGUUAGGCCGGGCGCAGAAGACGGAGCUGCGCGAGGGUGAGGAAAAGGUGCGGGAUGCGGCGGUUGACGUCUUUACGGAAAUCGUUGGUAAGAAGAUGAAGGCCGAGGACAAGAUUGACAUGAUUGCGUUUCUGAACCUUGAUAAUGUGGUCGCCCAGAUCUCGUCCAGCCCUCCUCUCUAUGCUAACCGCUUCACCUCGAAAUACGAUACGGACCUCGCGGAGACGGUCGCGAAGCUUGUCAAUACGACAGUCACGGAUAUUGUGCGGGCGUUGGAGAAUGAUGCGGUCCCGGCCCCGUGCAAGGAAAAGGCGAAUGGUCUGCUGCAGGUCUUCCUUCCGCAUAUCCUGCGGUAUUUCUCUGAUGAGUAUGACGAGGUUUGCUCCACCAUCAUCCCGAGCGUGAACGACCUGCUUUCAUACUUGCGAAAGGUCGCAAAGGUGAACCCCGCUCUCGCCUCUCAACACUCGUCUAUCCUCCUUCCGAUCCUCAAGGCGAUUAUCUCCAAGAUGCGCUACGACGAGACUGCCUCCUGGGGCGACGAUGAGGAUCAGACGGAUGAGGCUGAAUUCCAAGAGCUCCGCAAGCGAUUGGGAACCCUCCAGCAAAUCGUCGCAAGCAUUGAUGAACGGUUAUACAAGGAGGCUGUUUCGGAGGUCGUUGCCACAACCUUUGAGAACAUGCGACAGGCGGGGUCUCAAUUAGACUGGAGGGACCUCGACCUCGCUUUGCACGAGAUGUACUUGUUUGGAGAUACUGCGGUCAAGUCGGGCAGUUUGUAUACCAAGGGUCAGCCAAAUAACCCGAGCGCAGAACGGCUGAUUGAGAUGAUGCUGCGCAUGGUGGAGUCCGACAUCCGAUCCUUCACUCACCCAGCGACACAGUUGCAGUAUAUGGAGAUUUGCGUUCGCUACAGUUCCUUCUUCCAUCUUCACACUCACCUGAUUCCUGGUGUUCUGGAAAACUUCCUCCAACUCGCGCACCAUCCGAUGAAGAAGGUCAAGACUCGGGCUUGGUACUUGUUCCAGCGUCUAGUGAAGCAGCUCAGAGCACAGAUUAGCAAUGUUUCACAGACAGUAGUGGAGGCUUUAGGCGAUCUAUUGGUGAUCCAGGCUGAGCUUCCGUCUGAAGGCUCUGAUGGCGAUGAGAUGUCGUCUGAAGACCAUGAAGGGUCUGCGGACGCCGUGUUCAACAGUCAACUUUAUCUGUUUGAAGCUGUGGGUAUCUUUUGCUCGACUCCCGGAACCCCUGCGGACAAGCAGGUCCUCUACGCACAGUCCGUUCUGACGCCCGUCUUCGCGGACAUGGAGAGGAACCUUGGCCCGGCCAAGUCGGGCGAUGAGCGAGCGAUGCUCCAAAUACACCACGACAUCAUGGCCCUCGGUACCCUUGCAAGAGGCUUCUCUGACUGGAUGCCAGGAGCAACCUCUCCUACUGCACAGCUUCCCGCACCGGAAGUGUCUGAAGCAUUCAGCCAGGUGUCGGAAGCCACUCUCGUUGCGUUGGAAUCUCUCAAAGCAUCCUUCAACAUCCGAACGGCAUCUCGCUUUGCCUUCUCCCGACUCAUUGGCGUGCUUGGGUCGCGCAUCCUUCCCCAGCUCCCGAGGUGGAUCGACGGUCUGCUGACGCAAACGUCUUCGAGGGAUGAGAUGGCCCUCUUCCUGCGUCUGCUCGAUCAGGUCAUCUUCGGCUUCAAGGGUGAGAUAUACUCAAUCCUUGAUGCUCUCCUGACUCCGUUCUUGCAGCGGGUGUUCAGCGGAAUUGCCGACCCCCCUAGCGGAACGGAUGAUGAGAUUCAUCUGGCGGAGCUGAAGCGGGAGUACCUCACUCUCUUGUUGGCCGUACUGAACAACGAUCUUGGAGCUGUCAUCAUCAGCGAACGGAACCAACCCAUGUUCGACACUGUCAUUACAACGAUCGAGCACUUCUCCAAGGACGUCGAGGACUUCACGACGGCAAAGAUGGCGUUCUCCGUACUCGCCAGAAUGGCCAGCUCCUGGGGCGGACCAGACAUUGCACCUGCUGCCACGAACGGAGCCGCUGCAGGCCAGGUAGCGCUCCCAGGCUUUGGACAGUUCAUGAUCACGCGCUUCUCCCCGCUAUGCUGGGCUCUCCCGGCGACUCCAUCGUUCAACUCCAAGGAUGCACUUGCGAAACAGGUCCUUGCGGAAGCGGGUGGUUUGCAGAAGAUCAUCUAUGGAAAGAUGGGUAUGGAGUACAUUGAGUACCUGCGGGACCGCGAGCUCCCUGGUAUGGGCAUGGGCGGAGACCUGGUAGAGGAGUACGUGAGGACACUGAGUCAGCUGGAUCUGAAGGGGUUCCGGCAGUUCUUCCCGGUAUGUUCCACAAGCAAUGGGAGAGGGAUAUCUACUGACAUACAACAGACAUUCAUCCAACGAUUCAGCGCCUGA